CUCGUACAUUUGUGUUAUUUCACGUUGACUUCAAAAACUUCUCCAUAAAUAAAUUAACUCGGAUCACUUCAAAUCAUAUAAACACUCUCGUGAUAAUUAUUUCUCUCUGCAACAAUCACAAUGUUGCUUUCAAAGGUUUCGUCAGUACUUCUGUUUUGCAGCUUAUGGUGUUUGUUUCAUGCAUUGUCAGCUUCUGCUAUUAAACAGCCGUACGUAGUUUACUUGGGAUCCCAUAAUCAUGGCCCUGAAGCUUCUGAGGCUGAUUUUCAUGCUGCUACCGAUUCUCAUUAUGAGUUUCUUGCCUCCUUUUUGGGAAGUGAUGAAAAAGCCAGAGAUUCACUCAUUAACUCGUAUCAAAGGAAUAUCAAUGGAUUUUCUGCAUUGCUUGAUGAGGAAGAGGCAGCUGAAAUUGCAAAGAAUCCAAAAGUUGUGUCAGUUUUCGUCAGCCAGGCGAAAAAAUUGCACACAUCACAUUCAUGGGAGUUUAUGAUGCAGGAAAAGAAUGAUAUCGUCAAGGCCGAUUCCUUAUGGGAGAAAGCCGAUUUCGGUAAAGAUGUCAUUAUUGCUAACCUCGACACAGGUGUAUGGCCGGAACUGAAAAGCUUCAGCGAGGAAGGUUAUGGACCUGUGCCAGCAAGAUGGAAAGGCUUAUGCGAGAAAGGAGUAUCUUGCAACAAGAAACUUAUUGGAGGAAAACACUUCAGCAAAGGUUACAUGGCGGCUUUUGGUGCUGGUGCGCUGAAUUCUUCUAUAAACAAUCCCCGUGACUAUGAAGGACAUGGAACUCACACGCUAUCAACAGCCGGUGGUGAUUUUGUUCAUGGAGCCACUGUGUUUGGAUUGGUGAAUUUAACUUUAAAAGGCGGUUCUCCUAAAUCUAGAGUAGCUUCUUACAAGGUGUGCUGGGUAGGAGGGUGCUAUGAUAGUGAUAUGGUGGAAGCUUUCGACCAUGCUAUUCACGAUGGGGUCGAUGUGAUCUCCAUGUCUGUUGGGGGUCUUCCUUCCGAUUAUUUAUCGGAUAGUAUUGCAAUUGGUUCGUUUCAUGCUGUCAAGAAGGGUAUUGUUGUUGUUUGCUCUGCAGGAAAUGAUGGACCAUUUCCUGGAUCCGUUUCCAAUCUUGCCCCUUGGAUUAUAACUGUCGGAGCAAGUACCUUGGAUCGAAAUUUCGAAUCAUUUGUUUAUCUCGGAGAUGGACGACGCCUUCUGGGUGCAAGUGUUUCUGAGGGUACGCCUAAGAACAAACUUUUACCACUCAUCUCUGGAUCGAUGGCUAAGGCUGCAAAUGCAUCUUCUGUCGACGCUGAGCAAUGCAAACAGGGUUCAUUAGAUCCGAUGAAAGCGAAGGGCAAGAUCGUGGCUUGCAAGAUAGUGGACUAUGUUAGACUAUAUAAGAGUGUAUAUGCUGCUGAGGCUGGUGCAGUUGGGAUGAUCCUUUACAAUGAUAUAAUAGCUGGGAAUGCUACUUAUGUUGAUCCUCAUGUUCUUCCAGCUACACAUAUCAACUAUACUGAUGGCCUUGCUCUCCUCUCCUACAUUAACAAUUCCAGCAAUCCCACUGGAUCUAUUUCUGCUCCGAAUCAAGUAUUUGGCGUGGAGCCUGCUCCAUACGUGGCUGGAUUUUCCUCUAUUGGUCCUAAUACCAUCACCCCCGAGAUCCUCAAGCCUGAUAUAACUGCCCCUGGAGAGUAUAUCCUAGCUGGCUACACCGGAGCAAUUAGCCCGAGUCGUAUAGAUUACGACAAGCGUAGGGUUCCUUACACCAUUAUGUCUGGAACAUCCAUGGCUUGCCCUCAUGUUGCUGGAGUUGUUGGUCUUCUUCGAAAGCUUCACCCUGACUGGAGUCCUGCAGCAAUCAGAUCCGCAAUCUCUACUUCCGCGAGAACAAGAGAUAACACAAUGCAUCCAAUGCUUAUCGGAUACACUUUAGAAAAAUCAACACCGUUGGGUCAUGGUUCAGGACAUAUCAGACCAAACCGUGCCAUGGAUCCAGGGUUGGUCUACGACUUGACGGAGUCUGAUUACUUGGACUUCCUCUGUGCCCAGGGCUACAACGAAACCUCCAUCAAAGCCUUGAACAAUGAUUCUUACAAAUGCCCAAAAUCAGCUAGUUUUCUUGAUUUCAACUACCCUUCUAUAACCAUUCCUAAGCUGUCAGGUACCGUUACUACCACAAGGAAGUUGAAGAAUGUGGGUUCACCAGGGAAGUAUCAAGUUAUUAUUAAAGCGCCAUAUGGAAUCUGGGUUUCGGUUGAACCAAGUGCUUUGGUGUUUGAGAAUGUCGGAGAAGAGAAGAGUUUUAAGGUUAGCUUCAAGGCUAAGUGGGACGGUGCUGCUAAAGACUAUGCAUUUGGAGGUCUCACAUGGACCGAUGGUUCCCAUUAUGUCAGGAGUCCGAUUGUAGUCCGUGCUGCUUAAUUUAGUUUGUUUUUUUAGUUUAGUUUAGAUUAGAUGGUAGUCAAAAAACCUAAUGAUUAGUUCUAGAUGGUUAAAAAUCUAUCUUAAUUUAUCUUUUUUAUUUUUUCAUAAUUAUUGGAAAUCAGUUCUUACUUCUCAAUCAACUCGAUUGAAAGCUA